AUGCAAUCCAUCAAGGACCAGUCUGCCGUUUCCGUUGUCGAAAUCUCCCCCGAGAUCGAUAUCCGCGCGACCAGCACUUCUGCUGUCAACGCUGCCAUCGAGGUCUUUACCAUCGAGGAGGGCCACGUCACCAUCCCCAACGACCUCUGCCCCCUCGAGGUCCUCUUCAGCACCCUCCGCAAGGUCUCGGCCGUCUUCAACCUUGACAUCUGCUCCGAGGUCGACCUCAACUGCCGCAAGAUCCUCCACCGCCUUCUCCAGUCCAUCUUCGACACAAACACCCAGUCCUUCCUUGAGCAGGAGACGUCCGAGAUCUUUGCGCACCUCAGCGCCAAGCAAAAGGCCCGUAUCCUCGCCCAGGCCAUCGCCACCUUUACCAUCCUCUUCCAGCGUCUGGCCGAGACUGGCGAAAAGGUCACCUAUGGCGUCCUCAACCGUGAGGCUCAGCUCUUUGCCGAGAGCGAGCAGCGCACAAUGAUGCAGGAUGCCAUUGAGGGCAACCCCAUCUUUGAGGACUGCCAGAGGAAGAGCGACAUUGCCGAUGCCAUCCUUGCCGCCCUCGACGCCGACGAGUCGCCCGCUUCUCCUCAGCUCGUCGCUGCUGACGACAAGGUCGACUUUACUUUCUCGCCCGGUGCGGCGCUGGAGCACAAGAACAUGGGUGUGCCCUGGGGGUUCACCGUCAUGGCUCUCAACUAG